AUGAUCAGGGGUGCUUGGAUGUGUAAUGCCGUCUUGAAAAUCUGUUUUGCACCCAUAGCAAACGAGAAACCCUGCGUCGAUUCACAGAGGGCAGAGAAAUGGCAAAUGUCUUUAGCGUCUCUGCUCCUUUUCGCUCUCCUCUUGUCUGAUUAUUUUUGCUCUUGCGCUGGAACGAAAUUGAGGAGCGGGGAAACAGCGGGCAGGAUCUGGAGUGACCCCGCUGGGAGUCGCAACUUGGUCACAUCACACGCGGGGGAUCAAAGCCAGAGGAGGGUUCAAUGUGAUCUUACUUUAACCAAUUUGACGGAACCUGUCAAAGACUUGAAGACAGCCUGUCAGUUUCCCAAAGGUCUGGAUUCUGCCUGCCUGCGGUCUUAUUUCAGUCAUCUUAGGCUGUCCUUCUGUCAUUCUUACACCAUUGCUGAUCUUUUGCGGGAGUAUGUCAACCCGAACGGGUUAAACUGCAGUUUGGAUAUGCGGAUCAGUGAUGAUGGAGAGGCUAUAUGCAGCAAAUGCUUCGAGGCUUACCAGAUGGAAGACCAACAUGCUCAGGAAAAAUAUGAGGAGUUCGAAGCAAUGCUACAAAAGCACUUGGAAUCGGCGUAUUCGGUCAAGUCUUGCCCUAGCGACUGUAUGGCAGCCUACAAAGCAUGGCUGUGCUCGGAGUAUUUCAAAGCCUCACAGCUUCUGUGUCCUCGCAGGAUUCCUUGUAAGCAAUACUGCCUGGAAGUCCAGGCUCGAUGUCCGUUUAUUCUACCAGACAACGAAGACCUAAUCUAUGGCGGGUUGCCAAGCUUCAUCUGCACAGGGCUACUAGAAAACCAUUUAACCAAUGCAGAGCCAGAAUGCUGUGACGUCAGAUGGAACACCUGUGAUCUAUCCUGGGACAAAGGUUAUAAUGUAUCUACCAAAUCCAUGGACUCCAUGUUGCAUCAUAAAUCUUCACUGCCCGUCUCAGCAGCAUCUCGACUGUGCAACAGCAGACUUAAGCUGUGUGUUUUGGUAUUAAUUCUUCUACACACUGUGGUGACAUUUACUGGUUUUCAGAACAAUAGCAGAGUUGGCAUGGAUACAGUGAGCGCAUUGGACGACAGUUCCGCAAGUGAAGAGUAG